UUUUUUUUUUUUUUUUUUUUUUUUUUUGGCAGAGUUAUGUUUGAUACCACUCGUAGACAUGAACAAGGUGUUGAUCGGCUCAUCUAACUGAAUAAGCGUAUUAUCCAAAGAUGUCAAAGUAUUCCUUUAAAAUCUUAAUUAUUUUAAAUUAUAUAAUUUUUUUUUUUUAAUUAUUUCAAUAUUUUUGUAUGCUUUGUAUAAGUCAACACUCUGUUUGGUUGUUGUGAUUAAUGAGUUAUCUUUCUAAGAAUAGCUUACAGCAUAAAGAGUAGUUUUAUUGUGAAACGGACUUUUGGGGCUUCCUCGCAGGCACCAUAUACAGCACUGUAUAAAAUAAAUAGUGUGAAAAAGAAAAAUGUACCAAAAAGAUCAAAUAAAUGAAUGUGUGAAAAAGAGCCAUAUAUGAGAUGUACUGUGCUCCUCUCCACAGGUACUGGCUGAGAUGUGUCAGAGUGGUUAUAAGGAUGCCCUGCGCUUCCUUGAGGACAACAACCUGCUGAUGCUGGAUCACCCGACCUCGGGCCCUGCCCUGCCAGAGAGCCCGCCCCCUUGCUGCUCCAAGCACACGGAAACCACCAAGGAGUGGGUGCUCCGGAGGCUCCGCCUACUGCGAAAACAGCACUGGUGGCUGGAUGAGCAGAUGGAUCUGCCCACGCCCAUCAAGAAAGUGUUUUGCGAGGCCUGCCAAGACAAACCUGGCCUGUAUGCCAAGGUGUCCAAUAUGCUGCCAGUGAGAGUGGCCUCCUACAUGCUCAUGCCAUACACACUUCCUGUACAGUCGGCCUACUCAGUGGCCCAGAGGUUUGUGGAGUGGAUCCCAGAGGUGCCGGACGAUAUGCGCUGGCUAUUUGGGGUGGCAGGUGACAUGUACCAACAAGCCUGGAAAGGAGCUCCAGCCAACCCCAUCAGUGAGCUGGGCCUGAGGAAAUGCUUGAGCGCGCCGCCUCCACCUACAGAGUGUGACACACCAAUGGAAAGAGACAACCUGCCUGCUCUCUCCUCCCUAGACCUCCACGACAGCUACUGGGAGAUCCCCAAAUCUACCUCCUCUUCGUCCCACCUUCAUCCUCACAUUGCCCCCUUGUCUCCGCAGCAGGUCUGCUUCUUUAUCGGCUCGCAGGAUGAACCUCAGCAGUAAAUUGAUUCAUGCCUGCACUUUGACAAUGAUGGGUUUAAAUUUUACACAUCGGGUGCUUUUGAACCAAUGAGCUAUGGUGCGUACAUGUCUCAAGGAGACGCACAUUUAUCUCUGACUCUGAAUACUCCAGGCAGCACCGACUGUAUUAUAUUUUACCGAGUGCUCUGGAACUCACUCAGGAUCACAGAUGUGUUUUAUGAUCUGUUUUGAUGUACAGUGUCUAGUUUUACACUCUAAUGGCAAACCUACCUACAAGUAGCAUUCAUUCCUCAUUCCAACAUAGUUAAUUGUCUGUUGAUGUUCACAUCUGUGUGAUAUCUCCAGGUGCCAUACAACCACUUUUUAGGCAACAAGAUGCAACGUCUUGGAGGUCUCAUCUUAAAUUCUCCACAAAUCUGCCCAGUUUUGUUUUUGACAAGGGACGUACAGCUAGAACUCAGCCCUGCUGCCGAUAGAAAUUAUGGCCAAAGCUACAACAAGUUUUAAUUAACUGAAGUGUCCUUGAAACUGAAAUGAUGUCAAAGACUGAACUCUAAAUAUUGAGACAAAUCUUACCAAAUAUGACAAAUUCACUUUACUCACAGAUCACUAACUUUCAAGGGUUCCUCUCAUUUCCCGAUUUUGUACCUCCUCGUCUAGGAGACUUGCCGGAGGAGUUAUAAGAGAGGCCUGUUGCCUCAACUGCUCGCAUCUCCUCUGCUCUCAUCUACUGUGGGCGGGACUAACGAGGAAAGGAAUCGUACAUGUACAAAACUGGGAAAUGGGAAAGACCUUCUGUAUAAAUUCAGCAACUAGACCUCCACAAUGGUGUCAGGUGGCUGCUGGGAAACGUUUUGACAACUACAAAGCCUCUGUAGAGGUUAUUGUUAUUGCCAAAAUGAAACACUGAUGCUGACUGUGCUGAUCAAAAGAGUGCAACCAGUGUUGAUGUAAUUCCUCAAGUUGUAAAUCUGUUUGACAUAACUUUUCACUUGAAUGUAAAGUUGUUAUUGCACUGUGAUAGUCUCUUAGGAUUAAACCAUAUUUGAAAACAA